AUGUUCUCCUUCGCCAUUAUUCUUGCAAUCGUCGCUUCUUGCUCCGCCACCACCCCAAACUGGCUCACAGUGGUUCUAGUGGAUUUCGAGCUCCGUGAGCAAUGUGCUGAGUACUGGAAUUCCCAUCAGAAUUGCGUUAAUCCUUCAUUAAGAGUUCAUGCUACCAUGGGAGUCCAAAGAUUCACCUCAGUCGCCUGGCCGAUCACAAAAAAUCUUCUCGACAAUGAAAAAAAGUUUUUCACAAGCCAAUGGAACGACGAAAUCGAUUCGCUUCUCAUCUCGGCUCAAAUCGAAGGUGAAAACGCGCUCAAUCCAUUCGGACUCUCGCCGAAAUGCGAUCACGCGUUCACUUCAAUGGUUUUCAACAAAACCGAUGAGGAAGCCAUUAAGCCAUCGGGAAAAACUGUAAUGACACGCGCGGUUUAUGUACGAUCGCAAUGCUUCAACGCCAAGCUUCUCAUCCGCAUCGACGACAAAUGCGCGCACUGCCCAAAGCAAAUUUCCGUUGCCAAGCGACGCGAGGGAUUCCUCUUCGAAGUGGAACAAGCUAUCCAGGGAUACAACAUCUAUUACAUCAAUAUCUUCCUUGCUUCUAUCUGCUUGCUAUCAUUGAUUCUGUUUUUCAUUUCGUUGGAGUACAUUUGCCUGAAAAAAUCAAAAGUCCUUCACGUUAUUCCGAGGACCCCAAACAACACCACAAACUUCACCAAUGACAACACCACAACGGUGGCGUUCUCGCCAAAAAUCGCCAACAUUCGACGCAUCACCACACUCAUAAGCGCGAAGCAAAACGACGACUAUAGUGAAAUCGAGGCGGGACCCAUCUACAAAUAUCAGUUGAACACGCAGAAAGUGCAACGAGUUGAUUCCAACGGCGAUCUCGGACGAACAUUGCCCCGAAAUGCUCGCAUUUUUACCCAAUUCUCUGAAAUGAGCUCAUCCGACCCGAAAACGAUGUGUUUUUCCCUUGAUAAAAUAAUGAAUCGGACACACAUUUACGAUCCGCGCAAAAUUGCCGAGAUCCUCUCAUCGAAGUUGAAUUUAUCAUUGACUUCGGCGAAUAUUAUGGACGCGAAUCCGGAUACAAUUCAAGUAAUCUACUAUAACAUGGCUCAUUUUGGUCUCGGCAUCAAUGAAAAUGCAUUAAAUCAGCUUCCAUUGGACGUAAAUCGCGAUUUUGAAGAAGGACUUCAUCAAAGGAGCAUUCCAUUGAUUAUUCUUUACAAUUCUAUGGCGGCAUUCAUCAGAGAUAUCACAGCCGGCAAAAUUGUGCUCAACAUUUGCGAUUUGAUUCGACCCGCCGCCGAUAUUCCCCGAUUAAAGGCGAUUCUCAGCAUAUUCUGUGACUAUUUAAUAGUCAAUGAAAAAAUCAAGCCAAUGAUUGAGGAAGUGUUCAGUGAAGUCAACGAAAAAAAGGAGAAUCUAGUAGAACUUCAGGAAAAGGUUCGAAAUACCGAAACUAGGAGAAAUAAACUACAGGCAGAAGCGACGGCCAGGAAGAGACGAGAAAAUGAGGAAAUUAUUAGCUCGCCCGACACAAUUCGCGACGAGAUUCAAUCGAAAAAGGAGGAAAUUCAAGCAAUGAAGUCAGAUUUGAAUAACGUGCAACUAUCUGUAACGGAAAAACGGCACGAUCUUCAAAUCAGCGAAAAUGCGGCAGUCCGAAUCGAAUGGCUGAGCUCAAAAAUGAGAGAACUACUCGUCGAAAAGAAUCAAAUUAUUCUGCAAUCUCAAACUGUGAACGAGAUUGAGCGCGCGUUGGAAGAACUCAGCCAGCAAUUCGAUUUUGCGGUAAAACAAAACGAGUCGGCCAAGAAACAGGAAACUGAGCAAGCCGAAGCUCAUAGGCAGCUGAGAACCGUUCACGAAGAACGGACAAAAACGAUUUCGGAAAAUAUUCAAAGAAUUAAAAUCGAAAUCGAGAAAUUCCGCAACGAGACUCCAGUAUCGUCGUCAAAAGCGUGUGCGAAACGCGAGAAGCUCACCAAAAUCCGAAAUCAAGCUUCCGAGAAAAAGUACGAAGCGUUCCAGACCGCCGAGGAUCUCGUCAACCAAUUCAAGAAACUUGUCCAAGUGGGUGCCAAUGGCUCAUCGCAACUCGAAAAAGAGAUCACUGGCGAUUCGCUCGUCGGCAAUGAGCAUUAUUACGGAUUAGUUAAUUUCGGCAAUACAUGUUACUGCAAUUCGGUCAUUCAAGCGUUGUAUUUUUGUCGUCCAUUUCGCGAAAAAAUUCUUCAAUACAAGCAACAGCUAAAGAAAUCCGACACUUUAGGGGCGAACAAGGAGAAUUUGGUGACAUGUCUUGCCGAUUUAUUUCACAAUAUUGCCACACAGAAGCGAAGAGUUGGAACAAUUGCGCCGAAACGAUUCAUAACGAAGCUUAAAAAGGAGAAUGAGCUUUUCGAUAAUUAUAUGCAACAAGACGCCCACGAAUUUCUCAAUUAUUUGCUGAACACAAUUUCCGAGACGCUAAUGGAGGAGAAGAACGCGGAAAAAGAUCGACAACAGAAGCAUGGCACGAUAAAAAAAGGACAAAUUACGGUGAAUUUGGCUCCGUCGAGCGCCGCGCAAAAUAAUGAGAAAUGCGACGACGGGCGGAAAAAUGAGACGACGUGGAUUCAUGAGAUUUUCCAAGGCACUUUGAUUAAUGAAACGCGAUGUCUUUGUUGCGAAACGGUUUCGAGCAAAGACGAAGAUUUUCUGGAUUUGAGUGUGGAUGUUGAGCAGAACACGUCGAUAACGCAUUGUUUGCGCGUGUUCAGCGAAACCGAGACGUUGUGCGGCGAUCAGAAAUAUUUUUGCGAGACGUGCUCGUCGAAACAGGAAGCGCAGAAGCGGAUGAGGAUCAAGAAGCCGCCGCAAUUGUUGGCGCUUCAUUUGAAAAGGUUCAAAUAUGUUGAUUCACUUAAUCGGCACACGAAACUCUCUUAUCGAGUGUUGUUCCCAUUGGAACUUCGGCUGUUCAAUGUGAGCGAUGACGCCACGAAUGGCGAUCGACUGUAUGAUUUGGUGGCUGCUGUGGUGCAUUGUGGCGCGACACCAAAUAGAGGGCAUUAUAUAACUCUGGUCAAGAGCAAUUCGUUCUGGUUGCUUUUCGAUGAUGAUAUUGUUGAGAAAUUGGAAAUCUCGUCGAUGGAGGAAUUUUCUGGAAUGUCGCCGGAUUCCGGCAAUCUUCAGCAGCCGCCUACUCAAUCGCAGCAGCAGAAAAACUCGGAGUCUGCUUAUAUUUUGUUUUAUCAGGCGCGAGAUUAUGAUGCACUUCGGCCGAAUCAUCAUGCAACUCAUGCGUCCAUUUAG